UGGAUAAAGCAUUGACUUACCGGUCUUCUCUUAUAUAGUCUUUGAAUCGACCAAUCGAGCUUGCUGUGUGCGGUGCGGUGGUAUUUGUAAUGUGCUUAGCAAUUUUUAAUUAAAGUUAUUGUGUGAUACCGAGUUAUUUUUUUUAAAGCUAGCAGUUUUGUUUGUGAUAAUUUUACAUUUUGAUUUUAUUUCGCCGCUAUGUCUCAAAGUGGUUUGAGCCCAGGGGACCCUAGUUCUUAUUCUCGACCAGAUGAAGUUAAAGUUACAAAUGUCCACCUCAAACUGGUAGUUGAUUUCGAAAAAACUCGUUUAUUGGGCCAUGUAGAACUGGCUGUAGAGAAAGUAAAACCAAAUGUCAAGCACUUGGUGCUUGAUUCCAAGGAUUUAAAAAUAUUUAAGAUCUUCGAUAAAGCGACUGAGCAACUUCUGGACUACAACAUUGCCGACCCAGUUCAUACGUUUGGAUCCAAGCUUACCGUAACACUCCCUAGGACAACUGAUAGCAAGCUGGUUAUCCAGAUAAAUUACGAAACAUCUUCAGAGGCAUCAGCGCUGCAGUGGCUGACUCCAGCACAGACACUCGGCAAGGAGCGGCCGUAUCUUUUCAGUCAGUGUCAGGCGAUUCAUUGCCGUUCCAUAGUUCCAUGCCAGGACACGCCAUCUGUGAAGUCUCCUUACAGUGCAGAGAUAACUGCUCCGGAAGGUUUGGUGGUGCUGAUGAGUGCGGUGAGGGUUGGUGACCCAGUCCCCUCCAAGAAUGAGGGUGUCGCGGUGCACAAGUUCGAACAGAAGAUCCCCGUUCCGACGUACCUGAUCGCUGUAGCCGUGGGAGCCCUGGAGUCUCGCGAGAUCGGUCCCAGAUCGCGCGUGUGGUCGGAGAAAGAAUACGUUGAGAAAGCAGCGUACGAGUUUGCAGAGACUGAAGUCAUGCUGAAAACGGCGGAAGAUGUGUGCGGGCCUUACGUUUGGGGAAUUUAUGACUUGCUGGUCCUACCCCCCUCGUUCCCUUACGGAGGAAUGGAAAACCCGUGUCUUACAUUCGUCACUCCAACUUUGCUGGCCGGUGAUAGAUCACUAGCAGAUGUGGUGGUUCAUGAAAUUACUCACAGUUGGACUGGCAAUCUUGUGACCAACAAGAAUUUUGAACAUUUCUGGAUCAACGAAGGUUUCACCAUGUUUGUCGAACGCAAGAUUCUCGGCAAAAUGCAUGGGGAGAAUUACAGGCAUUUCAUGGCUAUUGGUGGUCUCAAAGAUCUUAAAGAUGCUAUUGAUGCCCGAGGGAAAGACAAUCCAACAACGUGCCUAGUUCCUGAUCUCAGAGGGGUGGAUCCCGAUGAUGCCUUUUCCGUUUGUCCCUACGAGAAGGGACACACUUUGCUUUUCCACCUGGAAACUAUUUUAGGUGGUGCAGGUGUGUUUGAUGACUUCCUAAAAUCCUACAUAGACCAUUUCAAGUACAAGUCUAUAGGCACUGAUGACUUCAGAGAUUACCUGAACGGCUAUUUCCUAGGCAAUAAGAAUUUGGAGAAAUUUGACUGGGACACGUGGUUGCGUUCUCCAGGCAUGCCACCUGUGAUUCCAUCGUACGACACGGCGCUGGCGGACGCGUGCACGCGGCUAGCCGCGAGGUGGUCGGCGUGGGACGAGGGGGAGCCGGCGCCCUUCGAGGCCUCCGACCUCCGCGACCUGAACGCCCAGCAGGUCAGGGAGUUCCUGGCCGUUCUGCUGCAGGGGGCGCCCUUGUCCGCGGGCAAGGUCCAGGCCAUGGACAGGGUAUACGGCAUGGGCGAACGGAAGAACGCCGAGAUACGCUUCAGAUGGCUAAGGUUGGCUUUAAAGAGCAGGUGGAAGAAACUUGUGAGUGAAGCACUAGAUUUCGUGGCACAGCAAGGACGCAUGAAGUACGUUCGUCCAAUUUACAGGGACCUGUAUGCGUGGGAUGAAACCAAAGAGAAAGCAAUAAAACACUUUAAGACCCAUCGGCACAACAUGAUGCAUGUAGCAGCGCAUGUCGUUAGCCAGGACUUGAAGUUAGGCACAUAAAAAGGACUCCCAAAGAUUGUGUCUUAACCCGCACUAAUUUUGAGGGUAAAUGUUUGAAAGAAAGAAAUAAAGUAUCUACAUGCAGAACAA